AUGAGUCAAAAGGAGCUGGAAACUGCCACAGAACAGUUGCACAUCAAGGAGGAAUCCCAAGUAGUCACUCCAUGGGAAGUCGAAGGAGCAAUAGUUGACGGAAAGGCCCAAUCUAUUGAUUAUGACAAACUUAUCAAGGAUUUUGGUACUAGACAUAUUACACAGGAAACUUUAGACCGAUUCACCAAACUCACAGGACACAAACCUCAUCAUUUUAUUACAAAGGGUGUCUUUUUUAGUGAGAGAGAUUUUGGUAAGAUUCUAGAUUUGUACGAGAAGAAACAGCCGUUUUUCCUGUACACUGGUAGAGGUCCGUCGAGUGAUAGUAUGCAUUUGGGGCACAUGGUCCCUUUUAUCUUCACCAAAUGGUUGCAAGAUGUAUUCGAUGUUCCGUUGGUCAUUCAGUUGACAGAUGAUGAAAAGUUUUUAUUCAAACCCAAGCUGACCAUUGAAGAUGUUAAGCAAUUUUCCAAGGACAAUGCUAAGGAUAUCAUCGCUGUUGGAUUUGACCCAAAGAAAACCUUCAUAUUCUCCAACUUGGAGUACAUUUCGGGCGGGUUUUACGAAAACGUUGUAAGAAUUUCCAGACAGAUUACCACUUCAACUGCAAAGUCUGUCUUUGGUUUUGGAGAUUCUGAUUGUGUGGGUAAGAUGCAUUUCGCUUCGAUUCAAAUCGCUCCUUCUUUCCCCUCAUCAUUCCCUGAUGUCUUGGACUUGCCUCCAACUGCACCGGCUUUGAUUCCUUGUGCUAUAGAUCAAGAUCCAUAUUUUAGAGUAUCGAGAGAUGUGGCCGAGAAGCUAAAAUUCUCCAAGCCUGCUCUUCUGCAUUCCAAAUUCUUCCCUGCCCUUCAAGGUGCCUCCUCUAAGAUGUCAGCAUCUGACACCAACACCGCCAUUUUCAUGACUGAUACUCCUGCUCAGAUCAAAAAGAAGAUUAAUAAGUACGCUUUUAGUGGGGGCCAGACCACUGUGGAAGAACAUCGAGAACUAGGCGGUGAUCCCGAUGUUGAUGUCUCCUACCAGUACAUGAAGGUAUUCAAAGAUGAUGAUGAAUUUCUCAGGCAAACGUAUGAUGCAUACAAGUCAGGGGAUCUUCUUACUGGUGAAAUGAAGCAAGCAUGUAUUCAGGUAUUGCAAGAGUUUGUAAAGAACUUUCAAGACCGCAGAGCGGCCAUCGACGAAGACACGUUGAAUGCAUUUAUGAAGCCUCAUCGUAUAUCUUAG